GACUAUGGUAGCAUUUAGGAGAAAAAACAUACGAUUCAUCUACUCUUGUUUACACUCUACUUCAACCUGGCGGGAAGACCAAAACAUCAUACUUCAUAGUUCAUACACUUUCACAUGUUUCCACCAUAAACUGCUACACUGUACUGUACCCUAGGACUGCUACAAACCAGGAAAGCAAUGUCCUGUUUAGCAGCCAAGAACGUCGUCGUUUCAGUCUCCCGAUGCCGGCACUUGUCCCUCUUUCUCCGGCACCCGCUCCACCGCCGCCGCCGCUGCUGCGGCUGCUUCAUUUCCUCACCCCUCUUCCCUCUCAUUAAUCAAUUUGACCAGAUUUGUUGCUUCAAGGAGCGAAAGCUUUAUGCCACAUCUGCAAGAAAACCUAGACACUUUGAGAGUGUUCCAGAAGAAAGGAACUGUGCUCAUAUUGUGUGGUGGAAGGAGAUAGUGGAGACGCUGAGAAAGCCUUCUUCAAUUCAACUAGUUAAGAGGCUCACAUAUUCUAAUUUGCUUGGUUUGAAUUCUGAUUUAAGGAAUGGGAGUCUGAAAGAAGGGACACUUAACUGGGAUAUGUUGCAGUUCAAGUCUAGAUUUCCACGUGAGGUUUUGCUUUGCAGAGUUGGCGAAUUUUAUGAGGCCAUUGGAUUUGAUGCUUGCAUCCUUGUGGAGUAUGCUGGUUUAAAUCCAUUUGGUGGUCUUCGUUCAGACAGCAUACCAAAAGCUGGCUGCCCAGUGGUGAAUCUCAGACAGACUUUGGAUGACCUGACAAGUAAUGGCUUUUCUGUUUGCAUAGUGGAGGAAGUUCAGGCCCCAACCCAAGCUCGUUCUCGUAAAAGUCGCUUUAUAUCAGGGCAUGCACAUCCUGGAAUUCCUUAUGUAUUUGGACUUGUUGGAGAUGAUCAUGAUCUUGAUUUUCCAGAGCCAAUGCCAGUAGUUGGAAUAUCCCGUUCAGUGAAGGGGUUUUGCAUUGUAUCUAUUCUGGAAACUAUGAAGACAUACUCUACUGAGGAUGGCCUUACUGAGGAAGCCUUAGUUACCAAGCUCCGGACUACUUUCUGUCAUCAUUUAUUUUUGCACACUUCAUUGAAACACAAUUCUUCAGGAACAUCUCGCUGGGGGGAGUUUGGUGAUGGUGGGCUAUUAUGGGGAGAAUGUCAUGCCAGAAACUUUGAGUGGUUGGAUGGUGAUCUAACCAGUGAGCUCUUGUCUAAGGUAAAGGAAAUUUAUGGUCUUGAUAGUGACACAGGUUUUAGAAAUGCUACUGUUUCAUCAGAAAAUAGACCCCGCCCUUUGCACCUAGGAACAGCUACCCAAAUAGGUGCUAUUCCCACUGAAGGAAUUCCUUCUUUGCUAAAGGUGUUGCUUCCGCCAAAUUGCACAGGUCUACCAGUCCUGUAUAUCAGAAAUCUCCUUUUGAAUCCACCUGCAUAUGAGAUUGCAUCAAAAAUACAAGAAGCAAGCAGACUUAUGAUGAGCGUAACAUGUUCAAUUCCCGAGUUUACUUGUAUCUCAUCUUCAAAGCUCGCCAAGUUACUUGAGCUGAGGGAGGCAAAUCACGUAGAGUUUAGGAGAAUAAAGGAUGUGCUGGAUGAAAUACUGCAGAUGAAUAGAAAUAAUGAGCUUCUUCAAAUCUUAAAGUUAUUGAUAGAUCCUACUUGGGCGGCAACUGGGUUAAAAGUUGAUUUUGAUUCACUGGUAAAUGAAUGUGAGAAGGUGUCGAGUUCAAUUGGUGACAUAAUAUUUCUAGAUGGAGAAAGUGAUCAAAAAAUAAGUUCCUACUCUAUGAUUCCUAAAGAAUUUUUUGAAGAUGUGGAGUCAUCAUGGAAGGGGCGUGUCAAGAGGGUUCAUUUAGAGGAAGCAUAUGCAGAAGUCGAGAAGGCAGCAGAUGCCUUAUCUUCAGUUGUUACAGAAGAUUUCUUUCCCAUUAUUUCAAGAAUAAAGGCCACUAAUGCUCCAUUUGGAGGGCCAAGUGCGCCUAAGGGGGAGAUUUUAUAUGCUCGAGAGCACCAGGCUGUAUGGUUCAAAGGAAAACGCUUUGUGCCUCCUGUUUGGGCUGGGACUCCUGGAGAAGAUCAAAUUAAACUGCUGAUACCUGCUCUGGACUCGAAGGGAAAGAAGGUUGGAGAUGAGUGGUUUACCACGAGGAAUGUGGAGGAAGCAUUAGCAAGGUACCAUGAGGCUAAUGCUAAGGCAAAGCUGGGGGUACUGGAAUUGCUGAGGGGGCUUUCUUCCGAGUUACAAUCUAAGAUCAAUAUCCUCCUCUUUGCAUCCAUGCUGGUUAUAAUUGCAAAGGCCUUGUUUGCUCACGUGAGUGAAGGGAGAAGGCGGAAAUGGGUUUUCCCUACACUAAUGCAAUUCCAAAAGUUCGAGGAUUGCAAGCCACAUGGCGGGGUUAAUUCAAUGAAGAUAUCUGGUCUAUCCCCUUAUUGGUUUGAUGUGGUGCGAGGCAGUGCUGUACAAAACACAGUUGAUAUGAAAUCGCUAUUUUUGUUGACUGGGCCGAAUGGAGGUGGAAAAUCAAGCUUGCUGCGAUCAAUUUGUGCUGCGGCAUUGCUAGGAAUCUGUGGAUUCAUGGUUCCCGCUGAAUCAGCUGUGAUUCCUCAUUUUGAUUCUAUUAUGUUACACAUGAAGUCUUAUGAUAGCCCCGCUGAUGGAAAAAGCUCGUUUCAGAUUGAAAUGUCAGAAAUGCGUUCCCUCAUUAAUGGAUCCACCUCGAGAAGCCUAGUACUUAUUGAUGAAAUAUGCAGAGGAACAGAAACGGCAAAAGGAACGUGUAUCGCUGGCAGUAUUAUAGAAUCUCUGGACGCAAUUGGUUGUUUGGGCAUUGUGUCAACCCACUUGCACGGAAUCUUUGAUUUACCUUUAGAGACGAAAAGAACUGUAUACAAAGCGAUGGGAACGGAUUAUAUUGAUGGCCAAACUGUACCGACUUGGAAGCUUAUCGAUGGGAUUUGCAGAGAAAGCCUUGCGUUUGAAACAGCUCGACGAGAAGGGGUUUCUGAGAAGGUAAUUGAUAGGGCAGAAGAGUUGUACCAAUCAUAUUAUGGACACAGUUCACCCUCAAUGCCUACAAACCCAGACCCGAGACAUUUUAUUGCUGAUCACUUAAAUGGUUCGAGACAAGAAGUUAUGACUUCCGCGAGAAAAUCGGUGUAUAGAACGGAAAUAUUGUGCAAGGAACUAGAAAACGCCAUUACUACUAUCUGUCAGAAGAAGCUAUGUGAACUCUACAAGACGAAAAACACAUCUGAACUUGGCGUUAAAUGUGUUGUAAUUGCGGUGAGGGAGCAGCCGCCUCCAUCGACUAUUGGUACUUCGACGGUUUAUGUGAUGCUUCGCCCCGACAAUAAGCUUUAUGUUGGACAGAGUGAUGAUCUUGGGGGUCGAAUUCGUGCUCAUCGCACGAACGAGGGAAUGGAGAAUGCCCGCUUUGUGUAUUUCGUGGUAGGUGGGAAGAGCGUGGCCUGUGAACUGGAAACUCUUCUUAUAAAUCAACUUCCAAACCACGGGUUUCAGUUGACCAAUGUUGCUGAUGGUAGACAUAGAAAUUUUGGGACAUUUGUUGAUGUCUCCUUGGAAACAGUUAGCAUGCUGAAAUGAACUGCUCAGCUUGCUCCACAACUAGGCCUAGUUAUAUUGUACAAAACAAAUGUUCAUAAAAAUGUAUUUACACAAUUAAUUGAGAUGAUUCUGGGGAUGCAGCAAUUUUGGGUCAACAUUAGUUGCUCCACUCAUCAUUUUUGUAUCAAAAUUUUGGGUACAAAUUCUAAUGUUAUUUGGUUAUGUGAAUCAAAUCAAAGGGCAUAAUUUUGUACUGAGUUC